AUGGCUAAUUUCAAAGCUGUAGGAGUAAUCCCAGAAGAUCUCAAUUGGCAACAAAGAGAAAAAAAAUUGCAUGAUGCCAAACAGUUCAUUUGGGAUGAUCCUUACUUGUUCAAAAUUGUAGUAGACAACCUUCUGAGGCGUUGUGUGACUAAGGAAGAAGUGGAAGGAAUUUUAUGGAACUGUGACAAGUGUCAAAGGACAGAUACUAUUUCCAAACGUCAUGAAAUGCCACUACAAGGCAUCCUACAGGUUGAAGUUUUUGAUUGCUGGGGCAUAUACUUUGUUGGACCUUUUCCACCAUCUUUCAAUAAUGAAUACAUACUGGUGGUAGUGGAUUAUGUGAGUAAAUGGGUUGAAGCUCUAGCUUGUCCCAAGAAUGAUUCUAGCACUAUGAUUAAAUUUCUGAAAAGGCAAAUUUUCUCCCAUUUUGGAACACCCAGAGUACUCAUCAGUGAUGGAGGAUCUGAUUUUUGCAAUUUUCAGCUUGUAAAGGUACUCAAGCAUUAUGGUGUGAGACACAAGAAGCUAGAUGAUGCUCUUUGGGCAUAUCGAACUACAAUGAAGACAACUAUUGGAUUAUCUCCUUUCCAAAUGGUCUAUGGAAAGGCAUGUCACCUCCUGGUGGAGAUGGAACAUUGA